GUUACUGGGGGUGGCGAUGGGUGAGGCGCCGCUGGUCCUACUGCUGCUGUGGUGGGGCAGCGCCUGCGCCUUGUGGAGGUACAGGACACCCGAAGGAACCUACGUUCUCUUCACAACGCGGACCACCGUAUUUUUAGAAUAUGAAGGAGAGUUCUUUAAGUACUGGAAUAUUCCUGUGGUAUGUACUGUUGCAAAUGAAAGUUCACCUACAACAAUGCUGAAGUGUCAGAUUUCUGGAUCGCAUAGACUGGAACCAAUGCUUGACACUGAGAAUGAACAAGACCACAGUGGUGAUUUAAAUCGGUGGUCUCCAAAGUGGGGUAAACAAUAUGUAAUUUCUCUCUCUCUCUCUCUCUCUCUCUCUAGUUCAGUUCCACCCUCAAACAAUGAUACCCAGGUAUUAACUUUAUGGAUAUAUGAUCCAGAAAAUGCAGUUCUAUCUGAAUUGGAUCACAGUGCAACUUCUCCUUCAGCAAAUUCUAGGAUACUUAGCAAGCACUUCUGGAAUUUGGGACAGGAGCCUGUUGUUGAAACCCAUUUGAGAAAUACCAAAUACUUUGCUGAUGAAUUUACAGACUUGGGGCUCUGGAAAAUUAAGGUACCUGCAAAUUCAGAUGACAUUGUAACAAUUAUCCGUGGAAAGGCAAUAGCUUUUCAAGAUUGCUUUGUUCAAGAUACUCCUUACAUGCUUUCCAAACCUGAACAGCCAUUUUUUAACAAUGCAAAUGACAUCUCCCUCUCUUCACCAGCUGGUAGUGACAUCUACAUUGUGUGGUCUGCAUGCUUUCCAACAACUGCACUUGUGUUGACAGAUUUUGGAACUUUCCAUACAAAUGACGGAUUCAAAACUUCUAAAGAAAUAAAAGCUCCAUCACACAUUUUGACCUCUAACUUUGCUCAAAAUGUAACUGUUGUGGCUUUAGCAGAUGAUGGAAUCUUGUUUUUAAUAAAUGGAAAUAUUUACAAACGAGAGUCUAAUGGUUUCUUUAAACUUGGAACAGACUAUGAUAUACCAGAAGGAGAAAUUAUUGGAGUACAGUCAAGGGUUUGGUGUCCAUCUGAAUAUCCAAUGAAGAGUGGGAGAAAAUUAAGUACAACAGCAAUAUGGACAUCAACUGAACUGCACCUUGGAUAUGAUGACAAUGUUUUUAUUGAAGUAACAGAUACAUCAAAGCUACAAAAGAUCCUAGGAUUCCCAGAGAAUGUUUCCUUAUCUCUAGGCACUGUUUCCUAUGACUCAUGCCCAGCUGAAAUUGCUUUAUUGGUGGCCUGCAUUGGGUGCAGCUCCUCCAGGAUGUUUUAUGUAGUAACAUAUAAUGAAGAUAGGUAUAUGUGGGUUCUGAGAAACUUUUUCUUAAGUGCUCCUUCCAAGGGUUUUAUGAAGAUGGAAUUCAUGUAUUCAGCAUUGCCAUCAAUGCUGCUGUGGAACAAGACAUCUAUGUAUUAUAGCUAUAGAAACAACACAGCUUAUGGAUUUCCUCCAGUGCAUGAGACAAAUAUGUCCCCAGCCGAAUAUACUAAUGGGAGCAGUAUUCACCAAAUUGUAAUAGAUUAUUCUGGAAACAUCGUGAUCAAGAUGCAAAAUAAUAUCAUGUUUUUUUUUAAAUUUGACUUAAUAGAUGUUAUACUGCUCCCUAGAUGGGAAAAUGAAAGUAAAAACACAGUCCUUUACUUGAAUCCAUCUGGUAACCUUUACAUUGUGGUCAUCAAUAGGUCAUCUGGUAUACACCGCCAGAAUUAUCCCUUGAGAAUGGAAGUACAUGGUGCCUCUUACCGCCUUAUUGAUGAAUGCCCAUAUCUAGCAUUUCAUCACAACAUAGAUUUAAAUGUCUAUUAUCUGGACAAAGGGGAUGAAGUGACAUUUUGGGCACAAAUAUUAUUUCAGGAGAAUCUGGGCGUAUUUGUAGAUGUGAGAAUCCACAGGCCAGAACUAUUGAAACGGGUGACACAUGUUGCGUAUGAAAUCGCUCAUGAAAUCUGUACUAAAAACCAGACGAUUAAAUUUUAUCAAAAUGUUGACUAUAGCGAAUCACUUGAUUAUAUGAAGACAGUAAAUGAAACCACUGGUGUCAUGACAGUUGAAGUGCGACCUAGUAUGACUGGAAGAGCAUGUUCAACAGUCAGGAAGCUGUCUCAUUUAUUUGUUGGGUGUCCUCCAUCAAGACAUAUUGUCAUUCAAAAACCUCCAGGUAUAACCUGUAUCAAACAUAAUUUUACUUCUUACAAGUUACCUGGGAAUUUUUUAUGGCACUCAUCACCUAUAGAUAUGGUGACAGAUUAUGAUUGGGAUAAAUAUGGCUGCCUAAUGGAGGUUUACUACAGAGAUCCUUUUCGCCCUGAUAUUGCUCUCUAUGAUGGCAACACAUUUGUUAAAAUGGUUGAGGCAAAUUAUAUUUUAUGGGAGAUUAAAGGCAGAACUGACUUUGGAUACAACUCAUCUAUGGCAGAUGUAGGCUGUUCACGUGAAGCACAGAAUUGGUUUUCACUGCUUGAGAACCAUAAAAAUCAAGAAAUUGAAUUAGAUGACAUUUGGGGGCCACAUAAUUAUAACUCCUGUUUUGAGUUCUCACAUGAAAAUCUGCAAGACCUAGCUCAGCAGUAUCACAUUUUAAACCGCUCUGGUUUAAAUUCGCUUAUUUGGAACACGGAACAGUCUGGCAUUUAUGUGUUCAAAGUGAAGAUACUGGAUCCAAACUUCAGUUUUUGUGACUUGAAAACAUUCUUUGCAGUCCAUACAUAUGGCAUAGUAGAAAGUCCAGACAUUGCCAAGACCAUUAUGUUUUCAAUCUUUGUACUGUCCCUGUUUUUGGGAAUGCUUGUCUUAAGCUACUUCAAAUAUGCAAGGAUUUUUCAGACACUCAGAUAUGUUGAUCCACUGCCAUCCCCUGGCCUGCAAGAUCAUACAAAAGAGUCAUCACAGGACUUAAAGAAGGACCAAUAACCUGUUUAUUUACUGUAUAGGUGACAUUCUACGUAUAGAAAUUAUAAGAACACUGUAAUGUUUAAAAUAAUUUAAGUGUGGUUGGAUUAAGUGUUGUUUUCAUAAGUAGCUUUCCACAUAAUAAAACUAGCAUGUUUAAUAUGUUAUGUUUCCAGUUUGAGGGACAUAAAUUAUGCUCUCAUUCAUUUCUUAACCCUAUCUUUCCCCGGGAGCAUCCAGUGAGUAGUAUCUCCUCUUCACCAAUAUAAGUCAACCAUGUUGCUUUUUUCAAAUAACUCUCAAGACCAGAUCAUCAGCUGGGGUAAACUGGAGGUGUUCCACUGUAUAAUCCAUUUACACUAGCUGAUUAUCUGAACCUGAGAUUUAAACAAUUCAUUAUAUUUUAAGCAGAUGAGACCCUCAUUUAAAAAUAUUUUUCAGAACCUUGGUAGACAAGACAGCUUUUAAAGUAUUCUGACAACUGUGAUUCUAAUGCCUAUGUACUGUAUUUUUAUAGCAAAUAGUAGAUACAGCUCUGACAAUGUGACCACAAUUAUAGUACAAAAAUAUUGACUGUAAUUUAGAGUCCUGUUAAAACUUGAAAGAACUUAGCUGUUCAAAAAAAUCAUACAUCUUUCAUCUAAGUGGUAUACUUUUGAAAAGCUUCAAAAGAAGAUCAAUUCACAUCAACUGUCACAGCUUAAUAAAUCCAGAUUCAGCAAACUUUAUAUUUCCAUAAUUAUCCUAACAAGUUAUGUAAGAAGAAUUAUAUUAUUUAAGAAUGCACUAGGUUGUAUAUCCUUGAAGGAAUUUUACUCGUAUAGUUUUUAAUUGGUGCUUAAUAAAUGUUAAUUCAUUCAGUAAAAAUGUAGAGUUGGCAGAAGUUAUCAUCUGUUUUAACAGAUAAACUUAUAAGUAUCAAACCUGAUGUAGCAAUUAAAAAUUGUAACUAAUAUUUUAAUCAAUUUUCAUAGUUCCACAUAUUUCCAUGGCUAGCCAAAGUUUUCUAGUUUUCAAAGUGAGUGAUUUGAAGAGUUUAUAUUGUUCAUUGCAUGUUUGACUUGGAAUAAUAUGGUUAAUGUUACAAAUCCACAUUCAUAUUUAAUAAAUAAAAUGUU